AUGAAUUCCAAGACUGCCAAAGAUAUAAUUGGUAAGUGGGGCUUAAAGUCGAGUAGCUCCAGACAUGAGAGUGACCUCGAGAAGUACAAGCAGGAGAACGCUGCCCUGAGAAAAUCAAUGGAGGAAGUCGUGAAAGGGAAAAGCAAAAUGACUGAACCGGAAAGGAACGAGCUUCUAGAGAAAAUGCUUUCCCAAGAAAAAGAAAAAUACAACCUUCUUCUUGGUGAGAAGGACAAAGAAAUCCAAAACCUGAAAGACAAGCUUAGCUCCAAAAACAAGAGUAGUGAAGUCUCCUUGCUACAGAGUCAGCUAGAAGAAAAAACAAAGGAAGUAGAAAGAAGAGAACAGUUACUUCGUUCUCUAUCAGAAGAAAUCGACAGGUUAAAAUGUAAUUUAUCCACUGUUACUGCAAAGUGUUCUGAGCUUGAAAACAGAGUUAGUACUUCUCAAGCAUCCCAGGAACCUGUAACAAACAGCACUGCAUCGGCAUCUAAUCUUUCUGAAGUUGAAAAAAACCUGCAAGAUGCUCUUGAGAAGAACCAACAGUGGCUACUGUAUGACCAGCAACGUGAAGCAUACGUCAGGGGACUGCUUGGAAGGAUCUUUGAGCUUGAGCAGAAGUCAGAUACAGCUAGCCAACGACGAUCGAUAGAAUUCCGAUCAGAAGGUCAUCUACUAGAGGAAAAGCAAAAAUAUUAUGACCAGCUGUUACUAACUGUUAAGAGUGACCUGGAAACGGAAAGAUGCACUGUAACCCAGCUGAGAGCUGAACUUAAUGAAUACAAAAACAAGUAUGAAGAAGCACAACAAGAAAAAAUGAGUUUAAAUGCCUUAUUGCAGUCACAUGUUGCUGAAAUGAAAGCUCUAGAAAAUGAAAAUAAGAUUAAAAGAGAGAAAGUGCAGAGAUUGAAACAAGAAAAUGAAACAAUUAAAGGACAGCUCAGAGAAGGAGAAAAGAAAAGUGAAGAUCUUUUAUCUCAGGUGCAACUUCUUCAUAAAUCAUUGCUCAAACAGCAGGAGGAGCACACUAGGAUAGCUUUGUUGGAGCAACAGAUCCAGGUAUGCACCACAGACUUUGAGAAUGAAAAGCUUGCUCGGCUGAACCUGCAACAUCGUUUAAGCAAAGCCCUUAAGGAACUUAGCAAGACCAGGGAACAAAAAACCCAUCUGGAACCAACGAAGCCUCUGGAAUCUGGACACGUGGAACUACAAGACGAUUUGCAAGACGUAUUUGAAGAGAAGCUGAUCAUGCAUGAUGGAAGUCCUUCCAUGAAACAUUCAAGCCUUCUUGAUGAAAGUUUUCUUGAGUGUCCCAGAUGUAAAGUGCAAUAUCCAACAAGCCAGCACAGAGAAUUACUAGCACAUAUUGACUUUUGUACAGCUUGA